AUGCUUGCAUCGAGGUUGAAGGAGGAAUUCGGCGAAUCGGUCGCUGAUCGUGGAUGGAAGGAGCGACUUCGCCCCAGCUGUGGAAGUCCAGGUAAAGUCGCGAAGCAAACGAAUGGCGGAUUCGAACAUCCGAUCGAUCGUGCUGCAGCCAUAGCACUUGCAUGUACAUCAUCAUUUGAAGUGGUAACAGGAGUUAGACAAUGGACGGUGGCAGGACCCUUCCUGUUCAAUUUCACCAUCGACGACACUACGCAAAGAAAAGUGGAUCGGCGUAUUGCCGAUAUAAUCCUAGCACCAUCAAGGUGCCCUUGA